AUGGAUAACAUAAAUCUCCGUAAAAACUCAAACACAUAAUAAGAAAAUCGUAUCCGUGUUGCCUCCAGAGUAGGCGAAACUAUAGCCACUCACUCCUACACUCAAGGAGAAGUCCAUGCAUUUUCCCAACACUUAAACAAUUCAUUAAAAGAUGAUCCUUAAUUAAAAAGCCUUCUACCAAUAAACCCUGAAUCUGACCAAUUAUUCUAAGCAGUAGAUACUGGAGUUUUAUUAUGCAAAUUAAUAAAUAAAGCCUAACCAAAUACAAUAUCUGAGAAGGCUAUAAAUUUUGAUAACUUGAAUAUUUUUAAAAUAAAGGAAAACAUAAAUUUAGCAAUAACUUCUGCUAGGGCAAUCGGAUGCAUUUGCGUAAAUGUUCAUUCUACGAAUAUUUUAGAGAAAUCAGAGCAUAUUAUUUUGGAUUUAUCCGCACUUUCCCUUUCAAUAUAAGAUCGUCUUAAAUAAAUAAUAAACGACUCCAAAUAACUAGGACUACCUCCUAAUUGUAUUAAAUACACGGACAUAAUGAACUGCAAUUAAAAGCUUAAUUUGAUUUUCACUGCACAUUUAUUUAAUAAUUGUCCAGGAUUAGAACCUACAGAAUAAGAGAAAGUAGACGCUGCGGAACUUAUAGACGAUGAUAAAGACUAUGAAACUCCAAGAGAGGAAAGAGUUUUUAGAAUGUGGAUCAAUUCUUUAAAUUUAGAAGGUGUUUAUAUAAAUAAUCUAAUAUAAGAUUUAAGAGAUGGAGAAAUUCUUUGUCUAGUAAUGGAUAAAUUAGUACCUGGAAAAGUCGAUAUGAAAAAAGUUAAGGCAUAAUUAAAAAAUAGAACCAAAUUAAAUAAAAUACAGUGUGCAAACUAUGCUAUUUAAAUAGCGAAAGAAUUAGGAUGCUAACUAGUGGGAAUUGGAGGCGUAGAUAUAGUAAAUGGAAACAAAAAGCUUAUUUUAGCAAUAGUCUGGUAAUUAAUGAAAAAAUAAUAACUCGAAUGUAUAGGAGAUAUGACUGAAAAUUAACUAAUCGAUUGGGCAAAUAAUCGAAUAGUAGAUCCUUAAUAUAAAAUAAAUAACUUUAGAGAUAAGAAAUUAAAAAGCUCUCAUUUUUUCAUUAAACUUUUGGAAUCUAUAGAACCUUAAAUAAUUAAUAAAGACUUUGUAACUCCAGGUUAAAAUGAUUAGGAAGUUAUGGAAAAUGCUAAAUAUGUUAUUUCGGUUUCUAGAAAACUUGAAGCAGCUGUAUUUAUUGUUUGGGAACAUAUUGUGGAUAUUAAUAGCAAGUUUUUAUAAAGUUUUGUAGCUUCUCUUUAUAGAUGUGCUUUAGAAUAUAAGAAAAAAUGA